CCUCGACAUUGUGUUCGGGAGCAAUUGACGAUCAGCGGCGGUAGGUAAUAGGUAUUUUAAAAUGUGGGUCUAGGACGUCUGUCAUCUAAAGCUCUAGGCGGCCAAAGGGCGUAGGCGCAAUAGAGAUUUCAACGGUUCCGAGUCCCGGAGAUCAACAUUGCAUACUUGAAUUGAAGCAACCAACAGCAGAUCAUGGCCUCCUCUCGCAGCAAUGACGAAGAACAUAGCGACCCAGAACCUAGAGAGGAUACCCCUCUCCUGAAGGCUCCCGACGAAGAGAAUUGGACCCCACCACGCGCCUUCCUCUGGAUCGAAUUAGCCAUCUUCGCCAAUGUCUUCCUGUACGGUUUCGACGGUACCAUUACAGCAGCUACAUACGCUGUCAUCAGCUCAGAGUUUGAUGCCGCGAAUACAGCGAGUUGGUUAACGACAUCUUAUCUGGUCACCAGCACCGCGUUCCAACCGCUAUACGGCCGUUUUUCCGAUAUCUUCGGGAGGCGCGUGUGUUUCUUCGUGUCUACAAUCACGUUUGCGGCGGGUUGUCUGGGAUGCGGACUUGCUAGGAACAUCAUUUUGGUGAACGUCAUGAGGGCGUUGACCGGAUUUGGAGGAGGUGGCUUGAUGACUAUGGCUACCAUUGUGAACUCUGAUAUGAUACCUUUCCGCAAGCGUGGCAUGUAUCAGGCCCUGCAGAAUGGCAUGCUCGGCUUUGGCGCGAUAUGCGGUGCCUCUUUCGGAGGGUCUAUUGCCGACUCUAUCGGAUGGCGCUGGUGUUUCUUACUGCAGGUGCCAAUAUCCUUAAUCGCCCUAUUUCUAGGGUGGCUCGUGGUCAAGAACCCCCUUGAAUUGCAUCCCACGUGGAAGGAAAUCAAAGCCAAGGUUGACUUCGCGGGUGCUUUCCUGCUCGUUACGGCCAUUUCUGUCCAACUCGUUGGCCUUAGCUUAGGUGGAAACGAACUGCCAUGGAGCAAUGGAUGGGUGAUAGGGUCAUUGCUCGGUAGCUUGGUCUUGUUGGCGCUCUUCAUCUGGGUCGAGGCUCGAACCACCGCCAUCCCAGUGAUCCCAUUACGCCAGCUUCGCGGUCGCAACCCUGUAGCGAUCCAGACAGCAAAUAUUUGCGCGGGCACAGCAGCAUAUGCCUACCUAUUCAUGCUUCCUUUGUUCUUCCAGGUCGUCCUUAUGGAUUCGGCGACUAAAGCGGGAACUCGCCUGGCUAUUCCUUCUCUUGCGACCCCAAUCGGUGGUUUGAUCGCCGGUGUAGUCAUGUCGCGAUGGGGAAAGCUACUAACACUGGUCAAGAUAGGUGCAGUGUUAAUGACGGUGGGGAAUGGACUAGUCACAUCUUUAUCCUUCUAUGACAGUACUUGGAAGUACAUCGUCUUUAUCUUCCCUGCGAAUCUGGGUCAGGGAAUUAUUUAUCCUGCGAUGCUCUUCACGACACUCGCUUCGUUCGACCACUCAGACCACGCGGUAUCUGCAUCAACUGUUUACCUUAUACGCUCUCUUGGUAGUGUGUGGGGAGUUGCUAUCACAGCAGCCAUUGUACAGAACACGCUCAACCGGAGAUUGCCUGAUGCGCUCGCUGGCGUUCCAAACCAAGAAAAGAUCAUUGAUGAUAUUCGACAUUCGGUUACCGCUCUCCGCAGUCUUCCCCCGAAUAUUCAGCUAAAGGCCCGCUUGGUGUACUAUGACGGGAUUCGGUACAGUUUUGCUGCAUCGACGGGCAUCGCAGCUGUUGCUAUCGUUGCAAGUCUGUUUGCGUACAACGCCGGCUUUCGCCAUACUCACUGAACGCAUGGAUUGUGACUUCCAAGCUUUCUUAGGUGGCACAGGUUAAUAGUGAGUCAUUAUGUCCAGAGCGUACAAAGUAAUCUAUCUUGGAAAUGCCGCACACCUUCAUUGGAUGAAUAGGGGUCCGCCAACGCCGUGUUCUAUCAGGGAUUAUAAAUGGCUAGAGAGAAAGCCAAAAAAUAUAUUAUAGUGAAUUGAAUUCAAAAGAGUUCUCAUACUCAUUUGAAGUAUGCCCC